AUGAUGUCAAAUAUGAUCGCAAUUCCCCUCCUAAUCACGGGCUCGAGUUCAGGCAUCGGUGCGGCCACUGCUGUACUUCUGGCCAAAAGUGGAGCCAAUGUUGUGAUCACUGGACGUAAUGCCGAGAAUGUGUCCAAAGUAUCGAAACAGUGUUCAAAUGUGUCACCAAAACGUCUCAAACCUCUGGAAGUCGUGGCAGACGUUAACAAAGAAGAAGAUCUCAACAGACUUCUGGACACAACUAUCAAGACUUUCGGCAAAUUAGAUAUUCUCGUCAAUAACGCCGGAUUUGGAAAUGCGACCAAAAUAACUGAAUCAGAUUACAUGCAAAAGUUUGAAGGAAUCUUUCAAACAAACGUGAAUUCUGUGGUAGCCCUAAUCACAGGCUCGAGUUCAGGUAUCGGUGCGGCCACUGCUGUACUUCUGGCCAAAAGUGGAGCCAAUGUUGUGAUCACUGGACGUAAUGCCGAGAAUGUGUCCAAAAUAUCGAAACAGUGUUCAGAUGUGUCACCAAAACGUCUCAAACCUCUGGAAGUCGUGUCAGACGUUAACAAAGAAGAAGAUCUCAACAGACUUCUGGACACAACUAUCAAGACUUUCGGCAAAUUAGAUAUUCUCGUCAAUAACGGGCACAGUAUGGCACCCUAUUGUAUGUCAAAGACAGCGCUGGAUAUGUUCACCAAAUGUAUGGCCGCAGAGUUGGGUCCCAAACAUAUUCGGGUCAAUUCAGUCAAGUUAUAUCACAAAUUAGCCGUGGAGGAUAUGGAGGUUACGGACGAGGAGGUUAUGGCGGGUAUGGCAGAGGGUAUGGUGGCUAUGGACGGGGUUAUGGCGGUUAUGGCCGAGGGUACGGUGGUUACGGACGAGGAUAUGGAGGUUAUGGGCGAGGAUUUUACGGCUAAACAACUGACAUUGCAUUCACUAUAAACUCCCAACUUUUACUUUUCUGUGUUCAACAUUACUAUAAAUUUAUGCAACAAAAAACACUCAACUAAAUCCCAAAACCCUUUAAUUAUAUUUAAUUUUAUGUUAUAAUUUUGUAUAAUUUUUUAAAUCGCUUUACGUUUUGCAAACAAAUUUGUAAUCAAAUCUCUGAACUCUUAUGUCAAAUACUUAUUGAUAAUAAAGUAGUUUUAGUUUUGAAA